AUGAAGAAACUCUUCUUUGCUACUUUGUUGCUGGGCUCACUCCUCUUCAGCUCAUCUUUCUUGGAACCUGUCAUGGCUAAGUCAGCUUUCUGUACCAAGAAAUGCAAUACGAGGUGCGCAAACGCUGGCAUACUGGAUAGGUGCUUGAAGUACUGUGGAAUAUGUUGUGAGCAGUGCAAGUGUGUGCCUUCUGGAACUUAUGGGAACAAGCACGAAUGCCCUUGUUACAGGGACAGGAAGAACUCCAAGGGCAAGCCCAAGUGUCCUUAA